AUGGGUGCCGACUACUACUACCUGUUGGCCAUUAAUGCUGACGCGAGCCAGGAUGACAUUCACAGGGCGUACCGACGCCUGGCCUUAAAGUAUCACCCCCAGCGCAAUCGGGGGAAGCCGGACACCUACGAGAAGUUCUUCUGGAUCUCCGAGGCCUACGAAGUGCUGAUUGACCCUCAGCUUCGGGCUAAGUAUGACCAAUACGGCGAAGAAGGCCUCAAACACGAAUUUCCGCAAGAAAUGGAGCUUGAACAGAUGGAGAACUUUGGACGCAAGGAUGGGCGUGGCCAACCAAAGAAGGGUGAGCCGACAAUUUGCGAUCUCUUGCUGACCUUGGAGGAAAUUUACAAUGGAUGCAUCAAGAAGAUGACUAUUACACGCAGGGUGAGUUAA